AUGAUGGUUGAGUUGACUCACGGAGUGCUUGAGGCCACCAUUUUCCAAAGUGACUUUUGGUUUUUGAGUGCCCAAGAGGAGAGGCUUUGGGCUGGAUAUUCAGAGGUGCUGAAUUCAGUGGGAGCUGUGAUUACUCAGUGCCUCAAACUCAGGUCCAAAGUAUCUCAAAAUUGAGCUUGUCACCAACCUUGUACAGCAGAACACUAGAAAGCCUCAUCUCCUGCCUCUGCCCUCUAACCACUAUCUAAUGUUACCUCUUAAAUAAAUCCAGUGCUAGGCAAGGUGCUGCAUUGACAGCCAUGGGUGCAGAACUGCCCCUCUUUAUCCCUGGACAGCACAGGCAAUAGCAGGGCCACCAGUCAACCAGUGAUGGCUGGACUGGUGUUAAGCUGAUGGAUCCUCUCUUCUCUGGGUCACCAGGCUCUGAGGCUUAGAUCCUCAAAGGUCUUUUAGCCAACGUCACCAUGUUCAGCAAGAAGAAGAAACGCGUUGAGAUCUCUGCUCCCUCAAACUUCGAGCACCGGGUCCACACUGGGUAUGACCAACAAGAGCAGAAGUUCACUGGGCUGCCGAGGCAAUGGCAGGGCAUCAUCGAGGAGUCGGCAAAGAGACCCAAGCCACUGGUGGAUCCUGUGUACAUCACGGCUAUUCAGCAUGGCUCGCAGAAGACCAUCGUGCGGGGAAACAAAACUGCCAAGGACGGCUCCCUGACCUGGCUGCUGGAUGAGUUUGAGAACAUGUCGGUGUCCCGCUCCAACUCGCUGCGCCGGGACAGCCCCCCCCUCCAGCCCCGCCGUGACCAGCUCUUCCACCAGAACGGACUCAACGAGGGGCCGGCCAAAGCCCAGCCCCUCGAGGACAGGAAUAAGGACCACAAAGAGAGGACUCGCCAUGAGGCCAGGAACGAGCUGGAUCGGGACAGGGAGAGGAACCGGGACAGGGAGGAGAACCGGGCCCAGCCACAGCAGCCCCGAGGGCAGGAGCCCGGCAGCAAAUCCACCAAGCACCCUGGCGGCAGGCCACCCCCUCCUGAGUACCACAAGCCCUCUAAGGAGGGCAGGCCCAGAGCCCAUGACCGGGAUGGCAGGCGGGACUACCCGGCGGAGAGGGACUACAGCGAGCCGGCUGACCGCGUGGUCAGGAGGGAUCGCAACGACGCCUCCGACAAGAGACCCAAGUCCACAUACACCGGGGAGAAAAGCCCGCAGUCCCCGCGGGACAAACGCCCGCUCUCCGGGCCCAAUAUCCGGACUCCAAACAUCCCCGUCUCCGAAGGGGUGAUGAAGACAGCUCAGCAGACCGGCCGGCCUUUUAAUACGUACCCACGAGCUGAGACUGACCCUGUCAGGGGCACAGGUUCUCAGGCAGAGCCCAGGUCUGCGAGGCCCCAGGAAAUGACAUCCAAUGGGCCAGUAAGCGGGAGCAGUAGCUCCUCCAGGGUCCACCAGCCAGGCCAGCCGAAGUCCAAAAACCCAGAGCCGCCCCAUCCGGGAAUCUCCCCACACGCAUCAGAGCCCUACUUAACUCGUAUCCCCCAGUCAGCCCCCCAGCCAUCUUAUUCCCAGCAGCCACCGCCGCCUCCUCCCCCCACGGCCUCCCAGCAGCCCCGCUCCCCGCAGCGCGAGCCCCAGCGGGUCUCCCACGAACAGUUCCGAGCCGCCCUGCAGAUGGUGGUUGACCCGGGCGACCCCCGGACCUACCUGGACAACUUCAUUAAAAUCGGCGAAGGCUCCACGGGCAUCGUCUGCAUCGCCACGGUCAAGAGCACAGGGAAGCUGGUGGCCGUGAAGAAAAUGGACCUGAGGAAGCAGCAAAGACGCGAGCUGCUGUUUAAUGAGGUGGUGAUUAUGAGGGACUACCAGCACGAGAACGUGGUGGAGAUGUACAACAGCUACCUGGUGGGGGAUGAGCUGUGGGUGGUGAUGGAGUUCCUAGAAGGCGGAGCGCUAACGGAUAUCGUAACGCACACCAGGAUGAAUGAAGAGCAGAUUGCCGCUGUCUGCCUGGCUGUCCUGAAAGCACUUUCUGUCCUCCACGCCCAGGGGGUCAUCCACCGAGACAUUAAGAGCGACUCCAUCCUGCUCACCCACGACGGCAAGGUGAAGCUCUCUGAUUUUGGGUUUUGCGCACAAGUGAACAAAGAGGUCCCGCGGCGGAAGUCGCUGGUGGGAACCCCCUACUGGAUGGCGCCAGAGCUCAUCUCCCGACUACCUUAUGGACCAGAGGUGGAUAUCUGGUCCCUCGGUGUGAUGGUGAUCGAAAUGGUGGAUGGAGAGCCCCCUUAUUUCAAUGAGCCCCCCUUAAAGGCAAUGAAGAUGAUCCGGGACAACCUGCCCCCCAAACUUAAAAAUGUGCACAAGGUUUCUCCUUCCCUCAAAGGAUUCCUGGACCGCUUGCUGGUGAGAGACCCGGUCCAGCGAGCCUCCGCCAACGAACUCUUGAAACACCCCUUUCUGGCGAAGGCCGGGCCUCCUUCCAGCAUCGUGCCGUUGAUGCGGCAGAACCGGAUGAGAUGAGUGCCGGCUGCACCAGAGAGAGAGAGAGAUGCGCACGCCGUCUGACCGCUCCCCACUCGGCCGCCCUGCCUCGGCCCCUGGCCCUCCAUUCUCCAGGGCGCUGCUGCCGUUCCCUUUGGCCGCCGCGGCAGGGAUGGCGGCUCCCGACAGCCAGAGCAGCAGCAGGAGCGUCCGGCUCUCUCGGUCCCUCCGGGUUUCCGGGGACGGCCCGUUCCUGGCGGGGCCAGCGGUUCCGCUAACUGGAUUUACAACUGUGCCACUACUGUCAUGUCUGUGGCAGGAGCUCUCCUGCCCGUCGCACCGUACUGCUGAGUGGAAGGGGGUGGGGGGCCCAGCUGGGGGUGGGGGGGAGGUUUUUUAAUGACUUUACAAUUUCUGAUCAAAACGGUAGUUUUUACACACACGCGAAGACGAGGUGGGUCCGGGAGCGACAGACACUAAGCAGCACAACACUGGAACGUCCAGCCACGGCUGGAAGCGGCUUUGCCUCUUCCUCUGGCUGCCGGCUCAGUCUUCCCCAGGCCGGGCCAGGAGCGGUCGGGGUAGGUGGGAGCGGUUUUGUUUAGCUCUGUAGCAUUUGGGUUUCUUCAGUAGGGUGGGCGCCAGCGGCAGGGCCUCCUUCCCAGCAGGAGGGAGGGUUCCUCUAGAUGCAGCCGGGAAAGCAAACGGCUCCUGGUGCUGGGUGGUUGACAGCCCCAAUCUCCCCCUGCCGUGUCCACCCCUGGUGCGUAACUGCUGAGAUCAGCUCUGGUUGUGCUAGAUUUGGGGUCUCCACCACUUCGUCCCUCGCAGGAGACUAGAGGCAGUUUCUGCAGGGUCUCCAUGCUGCUCCCACGCCCCCCCCUCAUCUCCCCCACAUGGCAGGCUCUUCCAUGCUCGUUCUGCACUGAGGUCUAGACGUGCUGCUGCUCAGUCCCCGGGAUGGGGGGAGCAGUGACCUGGCCCCUGGCCUCUUGGCUUCACAGGUUCUUUUCCAUCCAAGUAGCCCAAAGUCUGUGGCUCACCCAUCCCCCGGGGGCUCCAAACGGAAUCCACUCCGGCCCCCGCGACUAGAAUGCAGGAGCCUGGUGGGCAGAGACUCUGGUACCCCAGCAUGCAAUGCCGCUCCUUGAUCUGUGCAGCCUUGCAUGCUGGGAUACCUGGAGUCUCUGCAGUGUGGGGGAGGGAGGUUCCCCAGGCUCCCGGCCUGUUGCCCUCAGUUUUGGGCAGCCUGUGGGGUCAGAGAAACGAAGGCCCCAGCAGCCUAUGGGGACCAGAGCGUGUUGUAGCUCUCUGGUGUAGUCUGGCCUUUGGGGCUUGUUGGCUCAUCUGGGAAAGAUCCUGCCCGAGGGGGCUCCCCAUCCUUGGCAGGAUCUUCCCCCUCGGCGCAGCCCCUGCGUCCAGCUCAGCGUAGGGAGGAAGUGACCGGGUCUGGUCAUUCGUGUGGGAAGGGAACUCGGAGCUCAGCAUUGGUCGGGGAGUGGCCUCCUCUGGGAGCCUGGGGGCUGAACUGAGCUGUGAUCUCUGACACCAGCCAGGAAAGGGGGCAGCUUCCCGACCCCUUAGAGAGACUCUUCUGUGCGAGGCUGGCGGGCAGAGCGCUAGGCUGGCGGGCAGAGCGCUAGGCUGGCGGGCAGAGCGCUGGGCCCACCAAGCAGCCACUCCGUGCCAGGGCCAGGACAUGGCUCCGAAGGAAGAAUCGCCCCAAAGGUGGGCCAGCGUUUUGUUACUUCUACUUUGCAUUCUGCCAGGGGGCCAUGGGGGGCCUGCUCGGGAGGGUCCUGCGUGCGAAAACUGAGCCAUUUUGAAGAGGAUCCCCCCCCCAGCCCCCCGUGCGCGCCAUGCAAUGAACAUGUAUGCUGUACCGCACCGACUCCUCUGAAUGCUUUCUGGGGAGUGGGAGGGGCCCAGGGAUGGGCUUUCUUUACCUGCUUUUAGAUACUUCAGUUACAGCAACUGGGUCGCUGCCUUUUUUCUCCUCUCCGUGAGCCCCCCCCAGUGCAGCAGGAGUGGGUUGGUUACAGGCCCAAGGGGAGUGUGUGUUUGCCGUUCUUAUCUGGUUUUCCUGGCCACUGGAUUCUUCUCUGCAGAAGUGCACAACAGUCGUGCUGCUCGCUGCAAGAGGGAACUGCAGGGCAACCUGCCUCUGGAGACCGACGGGGAACGUGGGUCCCAUCAGGGAUUUUUAUUUGCUGGGCCUAACUGCCAUGGGUGGAAAUUGGCUCCCUUGAGCUCACUGGGGAGAGUGGAAGUCGGUCUGCUUGGGAGCCAGCCCCGGCAGUGGUGAAAGUUGGCUAAUGCGGGAGAUCUUCCAGAGCGCUCCGUGCCGGCCAGCGCUGCUCUUCCCGAGCUGAUGUCUCGCCGGGGUUUCAGGGAGAGCAGGAUUGAGCCAGGGCUGCGGGCUCGGUCGGCCGAAUGCGUGACCCGUUCUGGCUGCGUAGGGUGUUUCAUGCUCUUUUCCCAUUAGGCUUUAGCCUUAGUGCUUUUAAACCUAUAAACUAGUCACUAAAAAACCCUUGCAGUAACCGGCAGCGUGCCCAGGCUGUGUGUAUUCACACCCACCCACGACUGACCGUCAGGCAAAGCUCUCUGCCCCUAAAGCCAGAGCUCCACAGAGACAGGUUUUCGGGGUGGGGUGGGGCUCGUUCGAUACAGCCCCUCGGGCACCGCGCUGCCCCUAGGCUCUCCCCUCUCAGCCCGGGCCCUUCGCCCAACUCCUGCCUGGGGUCCCGGGAUUGUUCUCAGCUCUGACCCGCUGACAUUUAAACUCCUGCUGUUUCUCAGCCUGCUUAAAUUGUAGCAAAGCCUAGGGGCGUGAGACAGUCCCGCGCUGUACAGGACCCCCGGCCUUGCCACUUCUCAUGCCCCUGGUCUGCUCUGACAUAAACCACAUCGGCCGGUGCUGACUUCCUUCCUUCCUCCCCCUCGUAACCCACCCUCCCGACCUCCCCACACAGGAAAGUUUAACCAACGGUUAUCUUCAUUGGGGGUUUCAGAUCAAUUACACAGACCUUUACCUGUCUCUCUUGCCUCACCCGGUCACAGUUUGUUACUGGGGACCCUUGCAGCCCCGUCCUCUGCUGCUCAGCCCCCCUAACCUCUCACUGAGCUUCCCAGGGAGCGUGUGAGCUGGCGGGGGGGACACUUCAGGGCUCACGCACUGGAGCAGAAGGGCUUUGUGGGUCACAUGGCAAUGGAAACUGAGCCCUCAGCCUGCCACUCAACAGCCCUCUGGGCUGGCUCAUGAGCCUGGGUCUGCUUUGAGCAAUGGGACCUAGGGUGUGGUGGAGCGUCUGCAGGAGGCACAAGGACUAGGGGGAGGGGUUGUCCUUCCACCGGCACCAGCGUUAGGCCCAAUUUGUGCCACUGUAACUGCAUCUGCUCCUGGGCGUCCUGGGCCAUCUCCCCCGCUGGUUAAAUCAGCUUCACGUGGGUGGGGCCUGCUCCUCAGCUGCUGUGGCCCCAUUGCCUGCCGAGGAUCCACUCUUCACUUGCUACUUCCCCGGGUGACCCCUGCCCCUGGCCAAAGAGUUGCUGCCCCUUUUCUGAAUCAGUCCCUCGUGGGGAAAACCCCGGUGGCAGGGGUUUGUCGGGCAGGCCUGCUUCCCCACGCUACGGCAGCGCACGCCAGCCCUGGACUUGUGACAAUCAGCACAGGCAGUUACGUAGCCAUGUAAGACACUAGCUCCCUCCCUGCGCCACAUCUUCCGCAGCGAACCUUCCCGGUGCACCAAUCCUCUGAGAAACCAGGCUAGAAAUGCCAGGGGGGGCCAGGGAGGGGAUCCUGGCAAAGCACUCAAAGGCGAACUGGUGAACUCUGUCUAGAAACAACUACUGAUUUGUUUUCUUGUUACUAUUUUUUUUAAAGAAGCUAUUUAUAUUGUCAUUUUGUAACACUACAGUAUUCCCGGGGGGGGGGGGGGUUUGGACAGAUUUGCUGUGGCACUAAAUGCUCCCGGCACUGACUCAGCCAUGGACUGACUUGUAUAAAAACGGAAUUGGAUCUUGUGCUGUGAGUUUGGGGUUGGGGGAAUUUUUUGUUUCUGGCGGGCCUCAGCCCGGCAAAACUUUUCAAAGAGUUUUGAGAUUUGUGUAACAAUUACAGGCUUUCUUUUUUUGGAGGAAAACGAAA